AUGAGUACAUUCGGCACUAUUUUUCGCGUAACAACAUACGGAGAAUCGCAUGGUAAGUCUGUAGGAUGCAUAGUGGAUGGUUGUCCUCCUGGUUUACCUCUUGCGGAGACCGAUAUACAAACUCAAUUGAGUAGGAGACGACCGGGACAAAGCAACUUAACUACUCCACGUGAUGAAAAAGAUUUGGUGGCUAUACAAUCCGGAACAGAGUUCGGAAUCACGCUUGGGACACCAAUUGGAUUGAUGGUUCGUAAUUUAGAUCAGAGACCUCAUGAUUAUUCAGAAACAGACUUGUACCCAAGACCUAGUCACGCAGAUUGGACUUAUCUCCAAAAAUACGGAGUUAAGGCUAGUAGUGGUGGUGGUAGAUCAUCUGCCAGAGAAACAAUAGGUCGAGUGGCUGCUGGUGCUAUUGCGGAAAAAUAUCUUAAACUCGCACACGGAAUUGAAUUUGUAGCUUUUGUAUCAUCUAUUUUUGUCCCAAGAUU